AGCUGCGAAAGCGUCUGGUUCGGCAGCUCCUCCUCUCUGCAGACCUAACAGCCAAGUGAGAUCUCCAUUCAAACACAUCCAAAACUCCGCGGGAUGAGACUACAUUUUCCGCUAAUCAGCCACUGAUCAUCGCUUCGCUCCAUCGAAAGGAAAGUGGCAGUGGAAACAGAAUAGAUUUUGAUUGCGAAUAAAAAGAAAUAGCUAGCUUGGUAGCUAAGUGGUUACAAAUUCCGCCUGGUGAUACUGACAAGUGGUUGCUAGCAGGCUACUCCAACAGACUGCAAACAUGGCGAGCGCUUCAUACCAUAUUUCUAAUCUACUAGAAAAAAUGACAUCAAGUGACAAAGAUUUCAGAUUCAUGGCCACCAAUGACCUGAUGUCGGAGCUGCAGAAAGAUUCAAUCAAACUGGAUGAUGACAGCGAGCGCAAGGUAGUCAAGAUGAUCCUGAAGUUGCUGGAAGAUAAGAAUGGGGAGGUCCAGAAUCUGGCUGUUAAAUGCCUUGGUCCGCUGGUGAGCAAAGUGAAAGAGUACCAGGUGGAAACCAUUGUUGACACGCUCUGCACCAACAUGCUGUCUGACAAGGAACAGCUCCGAGACAUCUCCAGUAUCGGACUCAAGACAGUCAUCGGAGAGCUGCCGCCGGCAUCCAGUGGCUCGGCCCUGGCUGCCAGUGUGUGUAAAAAGAUCACAGGGCGCCUAACUAGUGCCAUCGCCAAGCAGGAGGACGUGUCGGUUCAGCUGGAGGCCCUGGACAUUAUGGCUGAUAUGCUUUGCAGACAGGGCGGCCUGUUGGUCAACUUCCACCCCUCCAUCCUGUCCUGCCUGCUGCCCCAGCUGACCAGCCCCCGCCUGGCUGUCCGGAAGAGGACCAUAAUCGCCCUGGGUCACCUGGUCAUGUCCUGCGGGAAUCUGGUGUUCGUGGACCUCAUCGAGCACCUGCUGUCGGAGCUCUCUCGGAACGAGUCCAUGUCCACCACGCGCACCUACAUCCAGAGCAUCGCGGCCAUCAGCAGACAGGCUGGACACCGGAUCGGUGAAUACUUGGAGAAGAUCAUUCCUCUGGUUGUGAAGUUCUGUAACAUAGACGAUGACGAGCUGAGGGAAUACUGCAUCCAGGCCUUCGAGUCCUUCGUCAGGAGGUGUCCAAAAGAGGUGUACCCUCAUGUGGGCACAGUCAUCAGUAUCUGUCUCAAGUAUUUGACCUACGACCCCAACUACAACUACGAUGAUGAGGAUGAAGACGAGAACGCCAUGGAUGCAGACGGGGCAGAUGAAGACUAUCAAGGAAGCGAUGAUGAGUACAGCGAUGAUGACGACAUGAGCUGGAAGGUGCGACGCGCCGCGGCCAAGUGUCUCGACGCCGUUGUGAGCACACGUCACGAGAUGCUGCCUGAGUUUUACCGCACGGUGUCACCCGCUCUCAUCGCCCGCUUCAAGGAGAGGGAGGAGAAUGUGAAGGCUGAUGUGUUCCACGCCUACCUGUCGCUGCUGAAACAGACCCGGCCUGCUCAGAGCUGGCUGUGUGACCCUGACGCCAUGGAGCAGGGUGAGACCCCCCUCACCAUGCUGCAGAGCCAGCAGGUGCCAAUGAUCGUGAAGGCCCUGCAUAAGCAGAUGAAGGAGAAGAGCGUGAAGACCCGGCAGUGCUGCUUCAACAUGCUGACAGAGCUGGUCAACGUGCUGCCUGGGGCCCUCACACAACACAUCCCUGUCCUGGUACCAGGAAUAAUAUUUUCCCUCAACGACAAGUCCAGUUCGUCCAACCUGAAGAUCGAUGCCUUGUCCUGUCUUUAUGUCAUCCUGUGUAACCAUCAGCCCCAAGUCUUUCACCCCCACGUUCAGGCCCUAGUUCCCCCCGUGGUGGCCUGCGUGGGAGACCCCUUCUAUAAGAUCACCUCGGAGGCCCUGCUGGUCACCCAACAACUGGUCAAGGUCAUCAGGCCCGUGGACCAGCCGGAGCGGGACACGUUCGACGCCACCCCGUACAUCGACGACCUCUUCACCUGCACCAUCGGACGACUCCGGGCCGCCGAUAUCGACCAGGAGGUGAAAGAGCGGGCCAUUUCCUGCAUGGGCCAGAUCAUCUGUAACCUAGGCGACAGUCUGGGUUCUGACCUGCCUGGGACGCUGCACAUUUUCCUGGAGCGCCUGAAGAAUGAGAUCACCCGACUGACCACAGUCAAGGCCCUCACGCUGAUCGCAGGCUCCCCGCUAAAGAUUGACCUUCGACCUAUUCUGGGCGAGGCAGUGCCCAUCUUGGCUUCUUUCCUGCGUAAGAACCAGCGGGCGCUGAAGCUGAGCACCCUGGCCGGGUUGGACAUCCUGGUCAAGAACUACAGCGACAGUGUGACGCCGGCCAUGAUCGACGCAGUGCUGGCUGAGCUUCCACCACUGAUCAGCGAGAGUGACAUGCACGUGUCUCAGAUGGCCAUCAGCUUCCUGACCACCCUGGCCCGGGUCCACCCUCUCUCCCUAGCUAUGAUUGGCGGGUCGACCAUCCUCUCAGAACUCAUCUCUCUGGUCAGGUCUCCUCUGCUGCAGGGAGGGGCUCUUAGUGCCAUGCUGGAGUUCUUCCAGGCUCUAGUGGGCACCGGGACCGCCUCUCUGGGCUACAUGGACCUGCUUCGCAUGCUGACCGGUCCAGUGUAUGCCCAAAGUGCUGCACUGACCCACAAACAGUCUUACUACUCCAUCGCCAAGUGUGUUGCCGCCCUGACCCGGGCCUGUCCUAAGGAGGGGCCUGCCGUGGUUGGUCAGUUCAUCCAGGAUGUGAAGAACUCCCGGUCCACAGACUCCAUCCGCCUGCUUGCUCUGCUCUCACUGGGGGAGGUGGGUCACCACGUGGACCUGAGUGGCCAGCCGGAGCUAAAGACGGUCAUCCUGGAAGCGUUCUCCUCCGCCUCCGAGGAGGUCAAGUCUGCCGCUUCCUACGCUUUGGGGUCAAUCGCCGUGGGCAACCUGCCGGAGUACCUGCCCUUCGUGCUGGGGGAGAUCUCCGGGCAGCCCAAGAGGCAGUACCUGCUGCUGCACUCUCUGAAGGAGAUCAUCGGCUCGGCAUCGGUAGCCGGUCUGAAGCCGUACGUGGAGAACAUCUGGACCCUGCUGCUGAAGCACUGCGAGUGUGCCGAGGAAGGGACCCGGAACGUGGUGGCCGAGUGUCUGGGGAAACUCACCCUCAUAGACCCUGAAACGCUGCUGCCCAGACUAAAAGGAUACCUGCUUGCAGGAUCGUCUUACGCCAGAAGCUCAGUUGUGACUGCGGUGAAGUUCACCAUCUCAGACCACCCACAGACCAUAGACCCCCUCCUCAAAAACUGCAUAGGUGACUUCCUCAAGACGUUGGAGGACCCCGACUUGAACGUGCGUCGUGUUGCCCUGGUCACCUUCAACUCCGCAGCCCAUAAUAAGCCCUCCCUGAUUCGGGAUCUACUGGACUCGGUCCUGCCACACCUCUACAACGAGACAAAAGUUCGCAAAGAGCUCAUCAGGGAGGUUGAGAUGGGCCCCUUCAAACACACGGUGGAUGAUGGGCUGGACAUAAGGAAGGCGGCGUUCGAGUGCAUGUACACCCUCCUGGACAGCUGUCUGGACCGACUGGACAUCUUCGAGUUCCUCAACCACGUAGAAGACGGACUCAAGGACCAUUACGACAUUAAGAUGCUGACGUUCCUUAUGCUGGCUAGACUGUCCACUCUGUGUCCCAGUGCCGUUCUUCAGAGGCUGGACAGGCUGGUGGAACCACUACGCGCCACCUGUACCACAAAGGUGAAGGCCAACUCUGUGAAGCAGGAGUUUGAGAAGCAGGAUGAAUUGAAGCGUUCUGCCAUGCGGGCGGUUGUUGCCCUCCUCACCAUCCCCGAAGCAGAGAAGAGCCCACUGAUGAGUGAGUUCCAGUCCCAGAUCUCCUCCAACCCCGAGUUGGCUGCCAUCUUUGAAAGCAUCCAGAGGGACUCGUCCUCUGCUAACAUGGAGUCCAUGGACACCAGCUAAACUACGACUCCCAUAAUGCCGCUCUUCUUCCCUUCAUUCCCAAACAAGAUGACGCCGCAACAACAAAAACCCCGGGGACUCCCUUUUAUCGAUCGUCCCAUGAUGCAUUGCACUGAAUCAACAACAGUUGUAGGAGAAAAGAAGAUUAAAUAGACUUUAAAAUGCCAGAAAAAAAGUGUUGAGAAAAUACAAAAAAGGAGAAAAAAAUACAUUCUCUUUAAAGGCUUCUAAGUUUUAGCACCACAUUUCUCGUUUUCUUUUUCAAAAAAAAAAAAAAAAAAACAGCAUAAAUAAAUUGGUUAUUGGUUUGUUCCAUCGUUCCUUUUUAUUUAUUGUUAUUUUCAGUUUGGGUUUUAUAACAGUUCCAGAAGAAUUCCACAGGUACCUCCAUGCAGAUUUUGGAUGCUGCUGUAGAGUGACUGUCGCUGGCAUGACAUGAAAUAUGAACUGACUUUAGUGGAAACGGACUGCCUACAGCUUUAUGCUACAACUGAUGGGAGAUGCAUACACACUGCUCCAAACAUACAGGACAGGAGCCAAGACUUCACUAACAUGGGAUCAACGUGGGGAAUAUAAAAUAAGAUGGCAUGUUGAGUUUAGCGUUCCUUUGACCAUCAUCAUUUUUGUUGCCAUGUUUCUUACCAGACCAGAUUUAGCUGAAUUGAAUGGGAAGGGUUUGUUUUUGGCUUUCUUUUUCUACGAAUUGAAUGUCCAUUUUGUCUGUUAUAAUUUUUUGUUGUGUCUUUGUGGAUUGUUGGCUGAAGAAGGGUAGGUAGGUUGGUUGGUGGGAUUCAAAGAAUCUGAAGAGGUGUUGUUUAAAACUGUUUAGAAAUAUACUAUUAAAGGAGAUAAAUGACAUGUUCAGGACAGCGUGCUCUGUCAAAAAGAGUUGACUUCUGGAGUGUUCUCACUUCCCUGUCUCUGACUUUUGGUAGAGGGAUGAGGUGUUUAUCACUUGACCCCCCCCCACAGUCGCCAUUGUUUUUAAACAACCGAUAAGGGCACAUCGGCCACACCCAAUGAACAUUCAUGAUGUCUGGUACAAGGCUGCAAUUGUCUUGGUGAAUGCCCUGCUGCGUUAGCAACAGAAGUGUGAACCGUGUGAAUAAAUGUUCUCCUCACAUUCAGGGGUUGUAUUCUAAGUAGUGCUGAGGUUUGAGACUAUACCGAGACCUAGUGUAUACUGGAAGCCUGUAGAGGAGGCUGAAACUGCCUUGCGCUAAAACCUGACUGUUCAGGACACCCUUUUGCUUGUUUUAUUCGAUUGAUCGACCAGUUCCUUUGUGACUAAUGUUAAUUCUACACUCUACUGCAUUCCUUGUUCAGGCAGGGGUCAGGGUGCGACCCAAAAGGAACCCCAUUUCCUUUAUCGUGCAUUGCGGUUAAGGUAAAAAAAUAAAAUAUAUAGUGCACUUUAUAAAGAAGGGGGUCCCAUUGAGAAAGUGGUUUGUGAGAAUCCAUGUCUUGUCUUGCCCGUUCUGACUGGUUGGUUUGAAAUUGAAAUGGCUUUCACUUUUUUUUUUUCUCUCAAGGGCCCUCUUUUUUUUUUUCCUCAUACGGAUCUUAUGUUCCCCUCCUUCCUGGAAGGAAGAGGUCACUCAUGAAGGAACUGAGAAGUGGAAGACACUGGUAUGGAGUCCAUUGUGACUUCUGUUGACGUGAGCUUGAUGUGUGCCGCAGAGAGAGGGGCAGGUGUAUACUCUUAUACCCCCACUGUAUAGGUUUAUAUAUAUAUAGGGAUGUAAAGCUCAGCAUUUCAUGAGAGUUGCUGCGUUAAGGUGUGAUGAUAAGGUAUGUUCAGAAAAACCAUAUGAAAAACCAAAUGCCCAAAUAAAGAGGUCCAUUUCUG